GUUGUCUGAGGAAACGCGCAUUCUCUGUCCUGGCGGGAACUGAACACAAUAAUGACAAUAUAAAGGCUUGAACUGGCACCAUAUUUUGUGUUUUGGCUGCUGUGUCGGGUGCGUUAUCUUUGGGUUAACUGCAGGAUCUGCCAGUUGUCAUAUCAGUGGACGCAGACGCCUGCUGUCUAUGGGAUAGAUGACGAGCAGGGCUUUUUCUUACUACUGUACGUGUGACACGCUGCAUUUCAAGAUUAUUGCCAUGGAGGCACUGGUUGAGCGACUGGAGAAGGCUGUGAUUCGUCUGGAGGUGGUGGCCGCCAAACUGCAGAACUGUCCUGGAGGCUUGGUUAAUGGUGACAUCAUCAACAUAAUCAAUGGAGGGGAAAUCCAGAGCAUGGAGGCAUUUGACCAGUUGUUAAGUGGACCAGUGUCUGAAUAUAUAAAGUCCAGCACAGCUAUUGGUGGAGAUGUGGCAACGCAUGCAGAGAUGGUAAACAAUGCCCUGCAGGUCCAACGUACCUUCCUCAAAAUGGCCACCACACACCAGCAGCCGUCAAAGACGGAGCUGACCGACCUGCUCAGGCCUCUUUCCGAGCAGAUCCAGGAAGUCCAACAUUUCCGGGAGAAGAAUCGUGGUAGCAGCUUGUUCAAUCACCUGUCUGCUGUGAGCGAGAGCAUCCCAGCUCUGGGCUGGGUGGCUGUGUGUCAGAAACCAGGGCCCUAUGUGAAGGAGAUGAACGACGCUGCAAUCUUUUACACCAACAGAGUACUGAAGAACUACAAAGACACUGACCCUCGUCAUGUCGAGUGGGUGCAUUCUUAUCUGAGCAUCUGGACUGAACUUCAGAACUUCAUCAAGGAGCAUCACACCACCGGGCUGGUCUGGAGCAAGACUUGUCCCAUUGCCCCUACCUCGCUCUUCAAUGCUUCUCCUGAUGGUACUUGCCCUUCACCACCACCACCACCAGGUCCUCCUCCAGUGUUCAUGGAUAACAACUCUAAAGCAGACGACACAGCACCCCAACACUCAGCUCUCUUUGCACAGCUUAACCAGGGAGAGGCCAUAACCAAAGGUUUAAAGCAUGUGUCUGAUGAUCAGAAGACACAUAAGAACCCAACCCUGCGCCCUCAGGAAAAGACACACCACGGCUCUCCGGCCAAAAGUCAGAACUUCAGCUCAUCUGGCCACGCACCUGCCAAGAAACAUUCCCCUGUACUGGAGCUGGAAGGAAAGAAGUGGAGGGUGGAGUACCAGGAGCAAACUCAUGACCUGGUGAUAGAAGAGACUGAACUCAAACAGGUGGUUUAUGCAUUCAGCUGUAGCAAUUGCACACUCCAGAUCAAAGGGAAAAUCAACUCCAUCAUAGUGGAUAAUUGUAAGAAGCUUGGACUUGUGUUUGAAAAUGUGGUGGGCAUUGUUGAAAUCAUCAACUCCAAAGAUGUUCAGCUUCAGGUACUGGGAAAAGUUCCUACCAUUUCCAUUAAUAAAACCGAGGGUUGUCAUGUGUACUUGAGCAAGGAUUCACUUGACUGUGAAAUUGUCAGUGCCAAGAGUUCAGAAAUGAACAUCUUAGUUCCUAAGGGAGAAGAUGAUUAUAGGGAGCUUCCAGUUCCAGAGCAGUUUAAAAGCGUUUGGGACGGGUCCAGUCUGGUCACAGAGCCUACAAAGAUUGCCGGGUGAUUCCUCACCUUUUUCAGCUCGUCGUCUCUUUCUUCCUACCCAGAUUUCUUCAUGCACUUUCACUGUAUCACACUGUUAUAAACUAUUAGAUAAGAAUUCAUACUGUGGUUGUGAGAAUUGUAGAUGUAAGUUUAGACAAAAAAUUAAGAAUUAAAUAUUUACAAAUUCUAUGUGUCCCCACACUUUCAUGAUCAUCCUUUGAUAUUUUACACCAUUAUGUAUUAAUCUGCAUUUAUCAGCCAACAACUCAAAAUUCUGUUUAUUUAAAAAUAACAAGUGACUAGUUUCUUUUUUUCUCAUUAUAUAAAUAUUAGAUAAAUUACAUAUUUAUUAGUGCUGGGCAUAGAUUAAUCGCAUACAAAAUAAAAGCGUUUUUUUUUUUUGCAUAAUAUAUGUGUGUGUACUGUGUGUAAUUAUUAUGUAUGUUUAAACACACACACACACACACAUAAAUGUUUCUUAAAUACAAAGAUGAAUGUAUGUGUAUUUAUAUAUUCAUAAUAAUUACACACAGCACACACUCAUUUAUUAUGCAAAAAAUACAUUUAUUUUGUAUGCAAUUAAUCUAGAUUCAUCUAUGCCCAGCACUUCUGUUUAUACAAUUUAUUUGUUGACUGCAUAAAUGCUCAGUUUAAUACAUUUUGGUACUGCAGUUAUAGAAUUAAAAUUGUAUAAGGUCCUAAGUAAAUGAAAAAAUACAUUUUAAUUUAAAUAAAUUAAUUGAUGGGGUCCGUUUUCACAGAUUGUACUUGGUAGUAGACAAACUACAAUAGUGAUUUAGCAAAACUGUAAAAAGAUAUAGUUCAACUUUAAAAAGUAAGUUACCUGGUAGCCUGAAAAGUUUGAGUUAAUUCAACUUAAAAAUAUUAGUUAUCUUUAAAAAAAAGUUGAAUAAAAAUGUGUAAACUAAUAUUUUAAGUUGAAUUAAAUAAAAUUUUAAGGCAAUUAUAUAACUUACUUUUUAAGUUGAACCGAUUGUAUACAGUAGAAAUAAUGUGGUAUUUUUACUUUACUUGGACACAGGUCUUCUCUGUUUCAGAUUUGACAAUUUAUUUUGUUUACAUCUCACCUUACAUAUUGCCUUUUGCAAAAAGCAAAGUGUUUUUCUUUAGUUAAAUUAAAUGGAAAAGUUGUAUGUUCAAUCUGCAAACAGAAAAGUCAAUGGGUAUUAUUUAAAUCAAAACACUCUUUACUCUUAGUGUGUGAAAAUGAUCUUCAAAUGAAUGAGUGCCUCUGAGGAUAUUUUUAUAAGAUUUUAUAUUAUUUUAAUAUCGUUUUAAAACAGCAUGCUCAAUUUUGUCCAGCAUUUCUGAAAUUUCUUCCACAUAUACAUUGACAAGUAUGACAUCAACAGGACAGCAGUGGCAUAGGCGUAUGCUAUAACCUAAAUAAAUCGAAUAAUUGGAUAUAGCCUGCAAUCAAAUUAAAUUU